AUGACUAUCACAAAGAUCUUCACCGAGUCAGUUCUCGCAAAGUAUGCUCGAACCAUAAAAGCAACUCCGCGGGACCUAAUCGUCAAUCGAACACUGCUCUUCUCAUGUGCAGUCUAUGCCCUGGCUGGUCUUCCAACAACCUGGGACCAGGGAUCUUCUUCUGUCGUUCCAUCGCUGCCAGGCUUCCAGAAGCAAUUUAACAUCGAAUCAGGGGCCAAGGCCGAUGAUAUUCAAGACUUCAUCUCGAUUAUUUACAUUGGAUAUGCCGUUGGUGCUGCAUUAUCCUUCUUUAUCAAUGAUCGCAUUGGCCGUCGCUGGUCGUUUCGUUUGUACUCAGCUAUUUGGAUCAUCGGUCAACUCAUCGCGACUCUUUCACCCGGCUGGCCUGCCUUGUAUACGGCACGAAUUAUAUCUGGCAUUGGAAUCGGCUCCCUCAGCGUCACUGGACCAAUGUCAAUCGUCGAACUCGCACCGAGCGAGAUCCGGGGCCUGCUUACAGCUUGGUAUACAGUUGUAAUGGGGACCGCCUUGUUCACCUCGAUCUUUUGCGUAUAUGGAAUAUUCUUAGAUAUGUCCUCCAGCAAGCUGCAAUACCAGAUAGUCUGGUUCUCGCCGGCUAUUUUUAUGGCUUUGGCUAUUGUUGCUAGCUUCUUUGUUAGUGAAUCUCCCCGGUGGCUCAUGAUGGUUGGUAAGCGAGAAGAAGCUGCCGCCGUACUGGUGGACCUACGACGUCUGCCAGCAGACCACCCUCGACUACAGAAGGAAAUUAAGGACAUCGAGGACUCAGUCACUGGAAUCGGAUCCAGCUUCGCGGGAAUAGUUAAGGAGACGUUCACCGUCCCCUCUAACCUACGCCGCCUCCAACAAGCUCUGCUUUCCUAUGCGCUGGCUCAACUCUCAGGUGCUAAUUCAGUCACAUCGUAUUUUAUCCCUAUUAUGAGCAUCAUGGGCAUAGGAGGAGGUACAUCCCAGAGUAUGUUCUUGAGCGGCAUGUACGGCUUCUCCAAGUUCAUCUUUAGUCUUAUCGCAUCUUUCUUCUUUAUUGAUGCCCUUGGAAGACGCCGAUCUCUAUUCAUCGGUAUAACACUUCAACUUAUCUCACACGUCUACAUCGGAGUCUUUAUUAAGUAUCAUCAAGAAGGUCAUAUAUCCUCCUCUGCAUCUCAAGCCGCUAUCGCCGCUGUUUUCUUCCACGCUUUUGGGUAUGCUGUUGGUCUUUUUGUUCUUCCUUAUAUCUUUGGAGGAGAGCUCUGGCCUAACCGUCUUCGCUCUUUCGGUGGAGCUAUUAGCCAAACCUUCCACUGGCUCUUCAUUUACGCCGUCAAAUAUAGUAUUCCCUCGCUUCUCAAGACAACAAAUAACUGGGGAGCAUUUCUCUUCUUUGCUGGUUGGUGCUUUCUUGCGUUGAUAUAUGUUUUCUUUAUGGUUCCAGAGAUCUCGGGCCUCAGCGUUGAGGAAAUUGAUUAUCUAUUCAAGGGUUCUUGGUUUAAUGCUUAUAAACGCGCUCGACGACAUCCUGUCAUUGACAGCGUUGAGGCUGGAAAAAAUAAGUCCGUUAUGGAACCGGAUAGUAAGAACCUAGUGCCUUAG